AUAGUUUAAUUUGCAUUGCCAUUUUCACUUUGAUCCGUCUUUGGAGACGGCCUUCCAUAUUGGCAUACUAUGAAAGAAGCAUGGUCGCAUCUGUGCACGGCAAGAAGAUAAUUUAAGGUAUCCGAGGACGAACAUUUCUAAGCAUGGGGGAGGCCAGAAAACCGAAACAUAGAAAGAGUCAAGGCAUCAUCGAGAUCAACAACAUCAUCUUCGGAUGGCAGGGAAUUUGGCGAACUUCAAGAUUUAGCUAGAUAGGUGGAGAGAGGGGGGGGAGAGACAGAGGGAGGCGCAUCUUACUAACAAGGGGUUCGCAACUAUAUCUUCACUUAUUAGCAUCAGCACUGCGGUGACAACUGUUACAAGUUAUGGUGUGCAAUUCAAUGGCUAUUCCUUCCUCUCCAGCAACUGUAGCACAAAAGGAUAGGUUCAAAGAACAUAAUGGCCUUCACCGUUCAAAUUCCGGCAAAGAUUUCUGCAACCGAGCCACCAUGCGGAGGUCCUACUCAGAUAACCACCUCUGUUAUUCCGUUAACCACGUCCGUGCUGCAUCAUCACAACCAAAGCUUAAAAGCAGCCGUUCGGGUGGUAUCUUCCCUUUUCAGAUUUCUAGCUCCAUAAUCCCAGCAUCACUUCGAUCAUUUCUGUUUGACCCUGAGACAAGCAAAGACAUGAAUAUUGCCAAGGAUGGAGUUGAUGGUUCAUUAAAGAAAGAUGAGAUCAUAGUGGACAGUUCAGAUGGGGCCAGCGCUAGCACUGAACUAGGAGAGGUAAAGAGAGCGAAUUGGGUGGAGCGGAUUUACGAGAUCAGAAAUCAUUGGAGGAAUAGGCAACAGACAGAGGACAUAUAUGGAGAAGAAGAGUUAUCUGAUGCCAACAAAAAGGGUGAUAGUAAUUGCGAGGAUGGCUGCAUGGUAGACUAUAAUUCAGACGAGGAAGGAGAAGGAAUAAAAUAUGAUCGAGAAACAUUUUUAAGAUUUUUGGCUCCAGUUGGAUGGUCUGAUAUCAAGCUACUCUCAAAGCUGGCUUUCUUGUGCAAUAUGGCUUAUGUUAUACAAGAAAUUAAGGCCAUGGAUUUAAGGAGAUAUUACGGCCUACACUUUGUCACAUCUUCUUUAGAAAAGAAAGCGGAGGCUGCUGCCGUGAAAGAGAAGCUUGAUCAUGACGCUACUCACGCCCCUGCAGCUACCCUUGUAGUUGCCAAAUCCAACUCAGGGAACACGGAGGAACCUGAGCAGAAGCACCCCAUCCGCUCAUCUCUUGCUUAUGGGAUUGCUGCCUCAGCUGCAUCUUAUGUCCAAUCACGUGCACAGGGCCUUCUUUCUCAUGCCAUUCAACCUCAGCAGGAAGGUGAUUGUAUUGAUUCAAGCAGUAUUGGAAACCAACUAGCGGAGGACGGAGACCAGCCCGUUGAAGAUGGUGAGAGACCUCAGCGAGUAUAUAAAUCAGAGGUGGCAGCUUAUGUUGCAGCAUCAACUAUGACAGCAAUGGUUGCGGCCGGGGAGAAGGAAAAACAGGAGGCAGCAAGGGACCUUCAGUCACUUCACUCAGCACCCUGUGAAUGGUUUGCUUGUGAUGAUGUAAGCACGUAUACACGCUGCUUUGUGAUUCAGGGAUCCGACUCCCUUGCAUCUUGGCAGGCAAACCUCCUAUUUGAACCCACUAAAUUUGAGGGUACAGAUGUGCUUGUUCACAGAGGAAUUUAUGAAGCGGCAAAGGGAAUAUAUGAACAGUUCAUGCCAGAAAUAAUGGAACACUUGAACAAACAUGGAGAACGAGCUAAGCUUCAAUUUACUGGCCAUUCUCUUGGGGGUAGCCUCUCUCUUUUAGUACACUUGAUGCUCCUGACCAGGAAGAUCGUCAAGACCUCUGCUCUUAGGCCAGUGGUCACUUUUGGCUCGCCAUUUGUGUUCUGUGGGGGCCAAAAGAUCCUAAAUUAUUUGGGGUUAGAUGACAACCAUGUACACUGUGUAGUGAUGCAUAGAGAUAUUGUCCCAAGAGCUUUCUCCUGCAACUACCCCAACCAUGUGACACUAGUACUCAAGCGAUUAAAUGGCUCCUUCCAGUCACACCCUUGUCUAACUAAAAAUAAAUUCCUGUACUCUCCACUUGGGAAAUUAUUCAUACUCCAACCUGAUGAGAAGUCAUCUCCUCCACACCCUUUACUCCCUCCAGGAAGUGCACUGUAUGCUUUUGAUAAAACCCAACACAGGUUCGCUGCAAGUGCCAUAAAGACAUUCCUUAAUUGUCCCCACCCACUGGAAACUCUUAGCGAUCCCACAGCCUAUGGCUCAGAAGGUACAAUUCUAAGAGACCAUGACUCGAGCAACUACCUAAAGGCAGUGAACAAGGUUCUAAGGCAAAACUCAAAGAUGGUUGGUUGGAAAGUACAAGAAUGGGGGAAUCAAUUGUGGCCAUUGCUUGCCUCACCAUCUCCACACUUAUGGAACCACGAAAACACUUUGGAAAGAAGUAUGUUUGGGACCAAGAAGGCCAUGACUGGUGUGUAAAGAAAUUUUGCAGGGUUCUCCCCUGGUUAGAUAUACAUGAGACAAUGAAUACAUGUACAGCCGAUAAGCUCUUGUAUAUGUAGUUAUCAUUCAUCAUCAUUGACUAACACCUUAAUGAAAUCCAAUAUUUCUUGUAGCAAAGAUA